AUGGGCAAGAAGUCUGCACCCGCCGAGGUGGCGCCCGUGCCCGGGUUCUUCGGCCACGUGGUGAGGCCUGGCCACCCGCUUAAGUGGCCGAACGAGGUCGAGGAUUUUUGCAUGCAGCUGAAUUCUGCCGCGCUCGGUGCCGAUGCGACCAAGGGCCGCUCCACGCUGUCCGUCGUGGCCAAGACGUCCAAGAUUGCGCUGUGCACGUUGACGCCCGAGGUGGCCGAGCAGUGGAACUUGACGCAAACCUUCACACCAAUGGACGGCGAGAUCGAGUUCGUGGUGGACGGCCCGAACUCCAUCCAUCUCACGGGAUUCAUCGAGGUGGAAAACGAGGAAGACAGCGGCGACGAACACGAUUUUGACGAUUUGGGCGAUGAUGAGGAAGAAAUGAUGGUGUUCGGUGGUGACAGCGACUCGAGCGGUGGUGAUGUCGACGAGAAUGAAGAAGAGGAGGAGGAGCUGAAUGACGAGAACAAGAAGAACCGCUUUGAGGUGCUCGAGGAGCGUCUUCACAACGAGUCUGAUGCCAAGAAAAAGUCGCCCAAGAAAGAGCCGUGGCUGCGAUUUGGCAGAGGAUCCGGGCGGGUGUUCUCGCACCCCCAAGUGUCUCCACACGCAUCAAUUCUCAGCCAACCUCUGUCAGAAUUUCAGCUUUCGGAACCAAAUAACUCGACUGACACUGCUCUCUCGAGCCAAGCUACGGAGACUGGAAGCUGGGACCUAUCCUCGCCUACGCGUCCGAAUUCCAGUACUGGCACGCUGUCGAACGGAGCUCCGUCGCCGGUAGUUCCACCUCCAUCUCUAGAAGCUGCUACCGACCAAGCUCCGCAAUCUGUUGUCUACGAGUCUCCACGUCGCCCGCGUCGAGUUGUGGAGAUCGCACCACAUCGUUACCGGUACACUGGGAAGAGCCCGGUUUAUAAGUGGUUUGACGAGUGUUUUCACUCGGACGGCUACGAGUCGAACGACAUCGACAACAUCUCCACUCCGCCCCGCAAGACCUCUCACGGGUUCAGUCAAGUGUCGCCUUCUGCUGCGUCGAUAGCCAGCUCCCCAGGCUUCGUUCUCCUCGGGGAUACGUCACUCGACUCUGCGCGUAGUGAGUGGACACGCGAGUUCUGGUCUAGGGAGGUAAUGGUGCUGACCAACCAGUGCAACCCUGAUGGCAUCGAGUUUCCUCCUGCGAGUACCGGUCGUCGUAACGGCGAGGGCUGCGGGUGUUAUACUCGUUGUACGGCCUUGAGUUGCCUGAACGCGUCCUGUAGUCGGUUUUGCGAUGCCCAUAACUGUACCUUCGGAGGAGACUGCGGCAAUUCUCUGAAGGAGAGCCCCGUAUUGCAGAUCAGCCGCAACACUCGCUCUGGAAUCAGAGGAAUCACUGCGUUUGCAGCCAUUCCUGCAGGUGAGGUAGUUGGAGAGUAUCUCGGGCAUCUCAAGUUGGUGGGUCCUCCUAACGAGGGUUACAUGCUGCGUCUAAAGACGCGUGCGAAGGGCAACAAGUACGUGGACAUCGACGCCCAACACGGCGGAGGGAAGCUCAGAAUACUCAAUCACUCCUGCAAUCCGUGCGCUCGCUUCCAUGAGGUCCAGACUGAGUCAGAGUUGACUGUCGUCGCCGUGACGACGCGUGACAUCUUCCCGGGCGAGGAGGUGACGGUAAGCUACGGCGAUAAGCUGUGGUUUAUCUGUCGUUGUGGCUGGUGGGGAUGCCAACACCGAGACCUACAGCACCUCAAUGACUUCCGCUCUUCUCCGUAG